GAGAGAAUGUGAAGCACAUAGCAAUCGGGCCAAUUCGUAUAGGCUCUUAUAAGUCUCCUUGGAGAAUCAAAUUUGUGUCUUCACUAAAAUCAAAUGUCUACUACUCUUGUAUUUUCUGAGGAAGUUGUAGCGGAAAUUUUGUCAUGGAUUCCGGUAAAAGCACUAAUGCGAUUUAGGUGUGUUUCUAAGCCUUGGAAUUCCCUCAUUUUUACUCCUACAUUUAUUAAACUGCACUUUCAAAGAUCUCCCAAAAACACUCGCGUCUUAAUAGAUGCCAAUACUUUUGUGUCAUCAUGCUCUUUACCUGACUUGUUUGAGGACCCAUCAUCUGUUAUUCAUCAUAGUUGUCAGUUAGUAGAAUCUUCUCAUUCAGUCUUAAUGGUUUGCAAAGGGUUGGUUUGUAUGCUCACUUUGAAUUAUAAAUAUCGUAAAUUUCAUGAAUUUUGGGCCCGAUUUUGGAACCCAGCCACUAGGCUCAUGUCUGAAGAAACGACACGCUACCAAAUUUAUGAAAACUUCGAUUGUUUCGAUUUGCGUUAUCGAAGGUUUGGAUUUGGGUAUGAUGAUCGAAGGGACUCUUUCGACAUGGUGUUACUCAUUUUGGCUUGUAAUUAUCAAGAAACAGAGGUGACAGUUUUUUCCGUGGGUGACAAUUGUUGGAAACUGAUGUUUAGUUUCUUUGAAUAUGAUUGUCCCAUAGGGGGAGAUGAACCUAUCGGAGAGUUUGUGAGUGGCACUAUUAACUGGUUGGUAACUGUUCCUCCGUGGAGUUCCCAUCAUCACAGGAAAACUGAUGAUGAUACUAUGAAUCAGAUAAAAAUUUUUUCUUUUGAUAUGAAGAAUGAGACAUACAAAUAUAUGCCGAUGCCCAUUCCUAUUGAUUCUGAGCCUAAUCUUGGGGUUCUUAAGGAUUGUUUGUGUUUUUAUCAUGAUUACAUGAAAACCCAUUUUGUUGUUUGGCUAAUGAGGGAAUUUGGAGUUGAUAAAUCUUGGACUCAGUUGCUGAAUAUAAAUUAUGAACACCUUCAAAUUUAUGGACCUUAUCAUAAAGAAACUUUGUGCAUGCCUUUGUGCAUGUCUGAAGAUGAGGAUGUCAUGUUGCUAAAAAACUGUGUAGAUCACAAUUUGGUGGUCUAUAAUAAAAGAGAUAAUGGAAUACGCCUUGAAGAAGAUGUCAAAUUACGAUCCUGCGCUGCUUACGUUCCAAGUUUAUUUUUGCCAUAUUGAAAUUAAGUUCUCUCGAUCUGUGCUUUGCUUUGCUUAUACGAAUUUAUGUUAAAUUAUGUAAGUGAUUUGUAAACCUUUCCAUUUUAUUGGCUAUUGUUAUUUG